GCAACAGGCAAUGUUUCAUUAGCUCACCUCAGCAGCAGUUUCUGAAAAUGGUGGAACCUUUAGCUGCCCUCAAAUUGCCUUGCUUCCUGAGGAAGGCUGUAGGUCCUCGGAUGCAGAUUGCAGCUGCAGUUCAAGUAGCACUCCAAAGCUGUAAGUGUGACAUAAAUCAGGAACCUUCAUUUUUGACUAGUCUGAGCAGGAUGGUAGCUGUUUGUAGGUAGCACCACCUAGGCAGCUGUUGAGCAGAAAGAUGCGGAGGACAAGAAGUGUAUGGUGGUGAGGAGAGGGGAGGAUUGCUUAUUCUCCCCCUCCCCUCCUACCUAAGUAAGAUCCCUCAGCUCGUAAUUAAAGGGUACUAUACUUCAAUGCUCUUGGUUCAAUUUGAUUUGCAGUUUGGCAAACAUGGACAGCAUCAGCCAUGUAGUACUGAGCUCUACAAUUUACUCCAACUCAUCAGUCCUCCCAUGACCAUCACAUUAGUCACUACUCUCCUCAUGUCCUGAUUACCCAGCACUGACUGACCUGCUUUGCCUAGCAUAUUCCCCAAGCUGUUUUUCUGACACAGAAAUGCAAAAUAGAGAAUUUUCACUGUUACUUUCACAUUUGAAGUUACUGAAGACAGUUUUCAAAGGCAGUAUUAAAUGUAGACCAUAAAGGCUGCUGUAUUGUGUAUGUUGUAAGUAAAGAAGCCACUUGCUCGCUCUAAGUGAGCUUGCAUGACCCUAUGUAGUGGUUUCUUUAUCUGGAUCUCUGUUUGGUCAGAUGCUCCUUUGUGUAUUUCAUAUCAUCGUAUGCCUUGUCUUUGAUUUUAAGACCCUCGAGACAGGAAAUGCAUUUGAGCAGUGCCCUGUAGAAUACGUUUUCUAUUCCAAUGGGAUGAAAUGAAAAAUCAAAUGACAGCAAUGUGAUGAUAUCCAUAUGUGAUUAUUUCAGUUUUAGAGAGAAUGCCAUUCAACUGAGGCACACAGGCAACACCUACCAUUAUAUCAUUGUUUAUGUCUGCAGGUUGCAUUUUAAACCAUUCCAUACCAUUACUACUUUGACACAGAAAACUAUAUUCCUUAAAAGUACAGCUUUUCCAGUCAAUAGUCCUGAUGGUAUCUUGGAAUCUGAAAUUCUCAAAUGGCAGGGGCAGGCAGCCCCAAACCUUUAUUUUAAUACUAGGCAGAAACAAAUCACAAAUAAUUAUCACUUAGAACUUCCUACUGUAUUUUCAAAUAGAAGUUCCUAAUUUGAUCUUAAUAGGUGACUUGGGGAGGGACAAUAUAAAUUGCUUCAUGGCACAAUUUACUUGAAAUGGAUUAUUCUUAAUUGAAUUGACCAGUGUCCCUUGGGUAUAAAUGAACAACUCACAUUAAUCUCAUUUGAAAUUUAAACUAAACCAGAUAAUGCUUUUCAAAGUCAAACAUCUUACUCUGAGGAGUUGCUGCAUACUUACACUUCCUUGUACCCUUAGGUGGAACUAGAGCAAUAUUCAUUUUCUCAUUUAUCCUUUUCCAGGCAGCCCUCUGCAGGAUCAGUAUCUCCAAGUUUUAUUAUAGCUUUUACUUUUUUUUUUCAUUUGUGUGUUCUCAAACAAAGUGUGCGUGCUGACUGGUGUCAAGAGGAAGACAAAUUAACUUGAGCUGCUAAAAGGAACUAGAAAAUGAAGUGUUCCAUAACUGACAAACAGCUUGAGAUGACUGGACAAGUUCCCUCUUUAUUCAUCUAAAAUGUGCCAGUUGUUUAGCAGAACAUCCUUGAUAAUGCGAGUGAAUUGCAGGGUAAAAUCCAGUUGGAUGUCAUCAUGUGCAGUACUUAACUAAGAGAACACAGAGGGAUUUUGUGUUUCCAAGGGAAAGAAUUGUCAUUAUUGUCUUUGUUUUGUGUUACUUGGAGUUCCCCAAGAAGGUUUCCUCUUAGGAGGAAUAAUGGAGUUGAUAGUAAGAAUGGUUUAUGACUGCUCUUUUUUUUUAUUUGAAAGCUUUUGUACUUGUCAAAAAAUGUUUGUUCCCCAUCCGCUCGCUAAUUGGCCAGACUGAGGAGACACUAAAGAAACCAUAGUAAUUAUACCACAUGAUACCUAAUACCACAGCAUUUACAGCUUCCAAGGCCUUUGCUUCAGGCCAUCCACUGUGAGAUAUGGACAGAAGCAAAUGAGAAUAUAAUGGAAAAACUUGCAAGAAGGGAAAGUAAAAAAACUCCCAAACAACCCAAAAUUGUAUUUUCAUUUUUUUUCCCUUUAGAUAGAAAUAAAGAAGUGUCCCGCUGCCAUUUCUUAAUGAGGCAAGGCUUUAUGCCCUAGGAAGUGAGAACAAAGACACACAAAAAAAUCACUCUGAACUAGCAGAAGGGUUGAUAGGUGUAACCUGGGUCUAGUCCUUCCUACCCUUGAUGUGUGGUUGCUGUGAAGAGCAGUGCUGAGAUGACACCAGUGGAGCAGGAUUGCUCCAGAUAAGGUCAGGAGUGUAUUUUCCAGGACUGUCCUCCGAGCUGUUUUCUCUUGGGCUUCUGGAGUUGCUCCCUCUCUUGUCUGGAAGACACUGAUGGUUAUUUUUGGAAAUCACCAUUCUGAAGGUAGGAUGACUCUUUCUUCUGCUCUAAAGCCCUUAAGGUCUUUGCUUUAAAGUUUUGGAGGGUCACUGUUACAUGAUUGUGGUGGGGAGGAAAAAACCCAGAUUAUCUGUAGGCUUGUUGGGCGCAUAAACCUGCAUUAUGUCAAGUGACAUCGUCAAAUAUUGCAGUUUAAGUUUCUGUAUUAAGUCUGGCAUGUGCAGGUUCUGGUUUCUUCAUUUCUUAAUGGAGCAUGUGACCCCUGGUAUCUUUGUCAUUUCCUCUAAAAUGCAUUGGAUCAGGAUUUCAGACCCUGCCACUAGGGAAUAAUGUCUGGUAUAGGACAAGUGUAAAAGAAGUUUUAAAUAGUUCUUAAAGGUAUAAUUAUGGAAAUAGCCUUUGGGUCAGCUAAGGGUCUUCAAAAUCCAAAUUUCGCAAAGUGCUGGAUUUGGCAUUUGAGGUUGUCCUCAAAUUGAAUAGUCCUUGUCCCAUUUACCAGCAAAAAGCUCGAAGUUAAAUAUGUCACAAAGUUCACUUAAAUCCAGAUUAGUAACGUCAUGAAACAUCAAGUAGGUAUAUACAGCCUGCCUCACAGCUGGUGCAGCCGAGCCCCUGCUGGCAGCAUGUAGUGGCAGGGAACAGGUGAAGAAACACCUUUAGACUCCCACAGUGCAUAGGGAUGCUUUGAGGCAUUGUGAGAGAGAGCCAGGAGUUAUCAGCUCACAAUUCAUCCGCCAUAAGGAACUGUGCUGGCUCUGCUGGGACUUGGCCCACAGACCAACUGGAACCAUUGGGCCCUACCAAAAUGCCCGUGACUAAUCUUUCCUACCUGAAGGGACCCGUGCUGUAGUGUCCUACUUAGUCUGGGGCAGCUCUCAGUUUUCAGGCCAAGCAGAAGGGUUUUUAGCAGGUCUGCUGCUUUUCUCUGUGUUGUUCUCUUGGGUCACUGCUCUGGUACAGCUUCUCAGGAAAGCAAGCCAGCUUUGUUGAAUAGUCUAGAUAUUGGACUGUAAGGCAUUUCUGCUCUUUUAGCAGCAAUCUUUCAGACAGCCAUGCUUCCAACUACACAUUCUGGGAUUUCUAUUGAACAUAGGUAAUGCCCUUGGCGCCAUAAGCCAUAAACUUAGCCACUUUAAACUGUAAAUUAAAUUUUUCAGUUCUCUACUGUAUGUUUGGCCUUUUGCUAGUGAGAGAGGAAAGAAGAAACAAAACACAUGUAGAGGGGGAUACAGACAUGCUUGCAUGUUCGGUUAUAGCUGUGUCUUGAACCUCUGCUAAGGAGGGAGACCAGGUACCAAGCUGUUUUGAGCAGGUUAUCAUACUACUGCAUCUGCUUCCAAGCUCAACAUUCACCUUUGGGCUGUCCUGACUGUCAGUUCCCAAGUGUGUUACAGGAAUUUGCAUCAGAAGUCCAGCUCCUUUUAUUUGUCUGGCUGUGGGAACAAUGGAAUAUUCACGUACCCUUUUGAGGCAGAGGUGCAGGUGUGUCCUGUGAGUGCAGUCUCCUGAUAACUGACUCAGUUUCAGCAGCUGAUGGAACUAGGUUUUGAUGAAUGGCAAUAUAGGGUGUUUUAUUUCCAAAUCAGCAGUUUAUUCUCUAAGCCAGGUGAGCCAUGACUAAACAUUGCUUUCUGUCAGAUUAGGCAUAGUCUAUGUGCAAUGAGUUGGUAACCUCAGGUCUGCAAGACAAAAGUUCUGCUGAAAAUGGCAUUGCAUGACUUCCAUGCUGAAAGCCAUUGUGAAGUAGAUCGUCAGCAAGGAUUGAGGCUGUUCCCUGAUGGCUGAUGAGUGAUCCUUUUGGACCAGGGCCAGCAGUGGGCAUAGUGGUGUGAAGCAGUCUCACUUGGAUGCGUCCCAUGUAGCUGCCCGUCACAUGUAGGUGAGAUUGUAGGAUUUCACAACAGGGCUGAGUUUUCUUCACUGUCUAAGGAAACAGAAAACGUUAAUAUCAAAGGCUGUUAUCUGGAUGGUUUUUAUGGACUCUGCAAUUCUCUGUCACUCUUUUAACUACUGCUCACUGAAAUCACAGUGGCAAAAUCUCCUAAUUCAGUAAUUGCCCAAAUAAUUAAAUGAUAAUGUGAUAUGCAGUGUAUAUAUGUAUUCAUAUACUGAGCCUCCCUUUCUCCUGGUUGUUAUGAUUGUCAAUAAAUAUCAACAAAACAAAAAGAUGUGAUUGGAUCUUGUACAUGAUCUGAUCUUGCUCACCUUACCUGGAUAUAGUUCAAAUCAGUAUGGGAUUGCUGACACUUGUAGCUAAGCAAAGAACAAAUCUCAUCUGUUAUACAGAAGAGAAGCUGAUUCUAUUUUGUAAUUACCCAGCAACUAUGCAUAGACUCCCAUUUGUGGCUAUAUUUGACAUCCAGUUAUUCCUGAUGUGGAAUAUACCACCCAUGGGAAGAAUGCAAGAAAUGGACUAGAGUUCCCAAAGAUUGGGACUUGCUUUCCCUUUAAAAAAUAAUUUAAGAGGGUGUGAGCUUUUGCUAGGAGAUUGAGAAUGUAAAGGGGAAAUAAACUAAGCAUCAGUAACAGCUUGAUAUUGUCUGACCUAUGUCAGAUGAAAAAUUGCUCUUAUCAAUGAAUAUUGUUUGUGUGGCUUUAAAAUGUGUGAUGUUCUGGUAGAUCGUGAUUUCUGAAGUGUAGAUUUGUCUAGCUUUAUUUGCAUGUACAUAUGUACCCGUGUGUAUAUAUAUGUGCACAAGUGUGGAUAGAAAGUUUGAAUAUAAAAUAUUACUCAGAUUCAAGUGUGACCGUUUAAAACUGGUUGAUGUUUUCUACUGAAAUAACCAAAUAUAUAAAGAUUUGUCAUCAAAUAUUCAGUUGAAUACUUUGAAAACUUUGACUCGUGUGACUAGCUGAAGAUCAUUGAUAUCUUUUAACUUUGCCAUCAUAUCAAUGCUUAUAUAUUGAGAAAAGGUACUUGAAGCCUAGGCAUGCCAUUGGAAAAGUAUAGCAAACACUGCUGUAGAAAAACAGCUAGGCAGAUCUUACUGAUAAAGAGUGUUGAAAAUAUCCUUUGGAAAGAUAGCAAGGAUAGUUUCUCUCUUGGUUGACCUGCUGAGUGAGUCCAUGUUCUUUGAUAGAGUCAAAGAGCUUGUGUCCCAAGCUUACUGUAUGAAAAAAGCUACAAGAAAUGAGGUUUUAUGUGAAAAUAAGUAUUGGAAGCCACAACCAGCACUCUUAUUACUUUUAUUAAAACUUCCUUUUUGGUUCCUGAGAACAUACUAAGGCUAAUAAAAAUACUUGCAAUGAUAGGAAGGGACUUCCACACAAAUAGAGUUUUUAUUUUAGAAAUAAAUCUAAUUACAUACAUAUGUAUAAAUAAUACAUAUGCACUGCAGAACUCUUCUUCAGGAGUCUGUUAAUGUCUGUGUUAAAGGAGCAGGGAGGAAAAGUAACUUUGAGAGCAAGGUUUUCAGUUCAGCAGUUUUUCCUCAAGUCAAAAGCUUCAUAGGCGUUUCCAGGCAAAAGUACAUUUUCUUAGGAAUGACUUUUAUUUAUGUGGCUGUCCUCUGAAAGGAUAGCAUGUGGCUAAACCCAGGGGUGACAGCUGAAAAUGUAAUCUCAUAUGCACAUAGCUGUGUAAAGGGCUUUGGCCCAGAAUUUGUUGAGUUUGGGAUGGGGGGUUCACUAUUUUCAGACAGGACUGGAAUAGAGUAAAAACUCUUUCAUUUUCCACAUAGACAUGACUUGAGAGUGGCAAUGUGCCAGAACAUUUUCGAUCAUCAGAUUUUUGUUCACAUCCUGGAUAAGGGACAAAAUAGAUUCCCUGCUUUAUCUGGUAUGAUUCUCCCCACCCCCAAGCAAUGUGUUAAUAUUUCAGCAUUUUGAAAAAAUAUAGUGGGCAACGUUAAAUAUUUACAUCUCUCUGAAGUCACACAGAUGCCACAGGACACCUAGCUCUACAUCACACAUGCUCUAAUUCACCCCAAACACCCACUGUUUACUAAUCUGCAGCCCCCGUCUGUGCCGAUAAUGAGAAAGAGGAAAUGGAAACAGCAGGGAUUAUAUGCUACUGAGAAGUCCCAGUUUCUGGUUGUAAUUCUUUCAACAAACUCUUGCUGAUGUGCUCUUGCUUUGAAGUUUGAACACCUCUGUAUUAAUGCUUGGCUCUGGUGAUUUGGCUGACAGCUCUGAGCUUGGUUGGUUUAUUUGUGGUUGUGCCUUUAUGUUUCCAUAUGAUGGUUUUAUUCUUGCACUCACCUGUGUUGUGCCUGCUCAAAGUUGGGGCAGUACAGAUUGUUUUGCCUGAGCACAGAGAUGUUAAUUGCUCAAAUUUUCUGGUGACAGGCUCCAGAUAGAAAACAGUCCCCAGCAUAUCCUCUGUUCUGUCUGUGUGUAUCUCAUAGCCAUAUUGGUGAAUGGGGUGAGUUUCCAUAUAGUGAAUAAAUAGGCCCCAUUUUCAUAAGGCAAAAAGUAUGUGUUGAUUUUGAAUGCUGGGUUUCAGCAUACUGUUAGUCUGGAGCAUCAUGUCCACUAUACGCAGAUGUGUGGAUAGUGCAAAUUUCUAACCUAAACCAAAAAUCCCAGAGCCCAUGAUUGCGUUCUUAUCCCCAUAACACAGGACAAGCAAAUACUUCGUGUAAAUAGCUUUACAUCAGUGUCUAUUAACAUCCUUCUGUAGCUUCUCUGUCUGGCCACUGUGCAAUUGUUACAUGUUUUUUCUGGUGGGGUGGUCCUUUAUUAGUAUAUCAAACACUGAUCUCAUGGCAUGUGAGGGGAAGUCAAUUUAUGGCUUUAAAAACAACUUGUGCCAUCUGCAGGAUUACUAACACCUCUCCAUUAAGUACUCAGGUGUACAUAAAGGAGAGCUUCAGGUAUGCUUUCUGCUCAGAAGCUAAAGAGAUGGUUUUAUCUUGUGUGUGUAUAUAUAGGUAAGGUGAAGCAUAGCAUUAGCUGCAAGUGUUUGGCUUCCACAAGAUGACUGCCAAAAACCUGUUGGAGUUUUGCUCCUCUGAAAGAUGCCAGCUAACAGAUACCCCGUCUGUGAUAAAGGAUGGAGAAAUAAAUGGUUUGUUUGCAGGGGAUGGAAUUUAUCAGGCUUCAGACAUUUCCCUUCUUGUGGCAGUGGUCCCCAGUCGGAGCUGACAAGUGCUGUGGUGUCGGUGGUGACUCAGCAAACCCCGCUGUGCGAGAGCUCUGUGGACACGGUGGGUCCCCGGUGUCACACAGCUGCCUUUGCUGUCCCUGCAGUGCCUCUCCCUGGCCCCACUGCAGGGCAUGCAGCACUCUGAGCUUGGCUGGAACAGCGCCCUGGGAGGCUGUUUGCUUUGGGUGUGGAUUAAAAGUGGCUCGGAGGAUGCUGCGAGUUACCUGCUGGGUGAGCAAAUUCCUCCCAUCUUGAACCACCCCGAAUGUCUGGGGGAUGUAAAAGUAUAUUUGCCCCACCAGCAACUCCAAGCACGGCUCUGGCACAGUCCAUUAUGUGUGACUAGAUCCUCACAGAGAGGUUGACACAUUACAAGUGACUUUGUAAACAUAGUCCCCUCUUAAAAUGGAGAGAAAUAACCCAUGUCUUGUGAGGGAUCCAGGCUGUCUGAAAGCUCCUGGGGGAGCAGCUGGGUGAGGACAAAGAGGCAGUGUGCUGAGAGCAAGCGUGGCCACUUCCUGAACUCUUCAACUUCCCCUCAGCGCCUCUGGAGCUCGGGGUCCAGCAUAUCAUGUCUCUGCACGCUUACCGAGGGGAAAAUACUUAAGCUGCAUGAGCCUCACAGUGCUCUCAAGUGUCUUCCAGUGUAAAUAAUACCUUGGCCAUUUGGCCCAAAACCUUCCAUGGGGGCAGAGCAGGUGCAUCUGCAGACAUGUGUUUGCACAUGCUUUCCUACUACAGCUGCAGGAGCUCAGAGAUGCAUGCACAAGAAGGGUGUGUGUGUGAGUCUCAUGCAAAAGCAUCUAUUUUAUGGCUAAUUUGUUGGGAGUUUUUCAGUCAUGUACAUAUUUCCUUUUGCAUGGGUGUCCUAUGCAUGUUUACACGUAAAAUAUUUCCAUCUUUUAUUAGCUGGGGAUAAUUUGUUUAACACUUAGCUGCUAGUCUGCAAAUCCUGUUGUUGCUAUCUCAUUGCCAGAGGUCACUGCUCUCACAUCUCUGUGGAUAGGAGGAUUCUCAAAACCAUUGUUACUCCAUUUCCAAUUACUUUAACCCACUGAUACAAAUUACUGGAACUAGUUUGGCUCAUUUGAUAGUAAUGAACUAGUGAGCGGUGGUAAGAAGCCCUGAGGCAGCAGAUGGGAAUGUAGUCCCUGGCUGGUGGUCACCAGGAGGCUGCUCACAACAUUGAUGUCUUCAUCUGGCACAGUUUAAUUAUAAAAAUGACAUUUCAGUGGAAACCUCUUAAUUUAUGUAGAAAUUGCAUACAAUUCAUCUACCCAUGGGCAAAGAAGCAGCUCAGAUUGGCUUGUUCUGGGUAUCUCCCUGUAGCCAUGGUUUUGUGUGACAGCCUGGGUAGUGGCAGAGCCAGCUUCCUACUAGCACUUGCUGGUUUUGCCUGAAAAUGAGAAAGGGGGCGGGGGGAAGCUAAUGAGCUUUUGACCACUAUAUCAGCUCCUGAGUGUGGUCCAUGGCACAGACUAUGAAAAACACACUUGUGGCAGUUGUGGGGUGCAGUGGGAGAACUGAAUGGUGGAGGCAGGACAGCCACGAAUAGGUAUUGCUGCCAAAAUAUUUGCAUCUCAAAUUUGCAGCAUCACUGUCUGUUCACUCUCUUCCUACCUUCAAGAUUUUCUCAUUCAUGCUUAGGUACAGCUAAAGCAAAUCUGUAUCCCAGCAGAGAUCUUUGCAGUCAGUCUGUAAGGGAACCCCUCUGGGUUUGUAACCCACGGCUUUCACACAGGCCUUGCCCGGGUGAUCAGUCCCCCAGGCAUUGUCUAUUGUUCAGUUCUCACUAAAUAAAGGAAUGUGUCAUUUAUCUUUGCUCCCUCCAUUAGCUUGAUUGAUGAGUGUUUAGUGUUUUCCACAAGGAGCAUCUUCCAGCAGAGCAGUAUCUCCUUGCUGACUCUGGUGUGAUCAUUCUGCCUCUACUGUGACAUGGUAGUCUUCAAACUUUAUUUCCAGCCUGUGCCAGUAUUCUGCUGGUGGUGCAUUUAGGGUUAAAUUGGCAUUCCAAAGUUAAUGUGUCUUUAAAAAAAUAAAUUUUGAUAAAGCACCACCUAUUGACUAGUCCUGUAAACAUAGUACUCUAAUCCAGGACUUUACUGUCCUUCCUUUUGUGACAUAUGUUCAGACCUGUUUGCCCAGUGCUAGAUAACAAAUUGCACAUUGCUAUAACUGAGAAAAUCUCUACUCUUCCGAAGACAUAAACUGCUUAAGACUCAAACUUCUGUUUACUGUAUUCAAAUGGAAGUAUUUCUGUAAAUUGCUGAUGACUGCAUCUGUUCAAAUUCAUCAAUUCACUACCACUCUGAACAUUUGACAAACAAAUACCCUUGAACUGAAAUUUCCCACGCCUGCAGUGCAAUUAUGUUCUCCACUACUGCAUUUGUUUCCCCUUUAAAAGAAGGGGGGAGGGGCUCUGAGCGCACUGUGGCAGAAUCACAUUCAGCAUUUGGUAUUAAUAUAUAGUACAAAAAGGUCCAUUGAAUCAUGGAGCGACUCAGAAGGCAGUAGAGGAGGGCUUUCUGGCUAUGCAGAAAUGUCAGUGGUUCAACAUUAGAUGAGAAAUUUCUUUAACACGUUGUGAGGGACAGUUAGUUGUUUCAUCUGAUGUUAAAACGCAAGCAAAGCGAGUCUAGCAAGGUGCGGUGGGGAAGUGUGUGUCACAUGCUCCUCUACAGGAAACGAGACUGGAGCUGCUGGGGAAGUUCAGAACUGGGUGACCUCCAACGGAUUCAAAUAGCACAGGAUUGUGCAACCUGGGAAAUGUUAUUGCAAUUUAAUUAACUUCAGAAAGUGUAUUCUGGACUGAGUUGACCAGACCUCCUAUUCUAUGCAAGCAUCUCCUGCUGGUGACCAGGUUUCUUAGCAAGAGCAGACAGAGCUCAGUCUUUCACCAUGCCUGUGCCUCCCCCUCCAGCUCCACCUCCACCCCCAACACUGGCCUUGGCAAAUACUGAAAAGCCAUCCUUAAGCAAGUCAGAACAAGCAGGGCGAAAUGCUCUAUUAUCUGAUAUUACCAAAGGAAAAAAGCUGAAGAAGACUGUUACUAAUGACAGAAGUGCUCCAAUUCUGGACAAACCCAAAGGAUCUGUUGGAGGUGGCGGCGGUGGCUUUGGAGGAGGUGGCAGUGGCAGCGGCGGGGGUUUUGGUGGUGGCAGCGGUGGCGGCUUCGGUGGCGGUGGACCCCCUGGCCUUGGAGGCCUUUUUCAAGCAGGAAUGCCAAAGCUCAGAUGUACUGCAAGUCGGGAUGCUGACGCCGGGGGAGGCCGGCCGCCCGUCCUGCCGCCCGGAGGCCGCUCCGCCGCCGCCAAGCCCUUCUCCCCGCCGAGCGGCCCGCCGCGAUUCCCGGGGCCGCCCUCGGGGCCGCGCUCCGCCGCCCCGGACCCGCAGAGGAGCCGCCUGCCGCCGCCGAGGCCCGACGCCGGCUCGAAGCCCGAGGCGGCGCCGCCGCCGGUGCCCAGCACGCCGCGGCCCAUCGCCUCCAGUCUGCACAACCGGGGGUCGCCACCGGUGCCGGGGCUGAGCCGGCAGCCCAGCCUGGGGCCCUCGCCCCCGCCCUUCCCGGGCAGCCGGGGCGCGGGGUCGGCCGCGUCCCUCCGGCAGCCGGGCCCCGGCUCUGCGCCCGCCUUCUCGGGCCGCCCGCCGCUGCCGCCCACCCCGGGCCGGCCGGCGGAGGACAAGCCGCCGCCCCCACCGCCGCCCCCCGCCGGGCACCGGCCGCCCGCCGCCCGGGAGCCGUCUCUGCCGCCGCCGCCGCCGCAGAACAGCAAACCGCCCGUGCCCGCUGCCCCCCGGCCCACCCUCGGCGCCCCGGCACCCCCGCUGCCCCCCGGCAGACCGGGGCCACCCCCGGUCCCGCCCGCCCCCGCCGGCGGAGAUGAGAUGCCGCGGCUGCCGCAGAGGAACAUCUCGCUGGGGUCGUGCCCGACGCCCGGCGGGGGACGCUCCGGACCUCUGCCCCCGCCGCCCGGAGAGAGACCGCCACCGCCCGUCAGAGACCCCCCCGGCCGCUCAGGCCCGCUCCCGCCACCUCCUCCCAUAAGCAGGAAUGGAAGCACUUCCAGGGCUUUGCCCUCUACUCCCCAGCUGCCUUCCCGGGCAGGGCUGGACAGCCAGAGAGGUGGAGCACGACCUCCGCUUCCCCCCGACCGGCCGGGCUCGGCAGCGCCGCCACCACCACCGCCACCCUCAGCUGUCAGAAACGGCUUCCAGGACCCAGGGGACGAUGAAUGGGAAAGCAGAUUUUCUUUUCAUCCAAUAUCUGAUUUGCCACCUCCAGAGCCAUAUGUACCCAUGAACAGAAGUUAUCCCAGUAAAGUAGCAAGAAAUGACAGUAGAGGUGGGUCUGUCCGAAAAGAAAGAGGUGCCCCCCCGCUGCCGCCUAUACCAAGGUGAAAUGGGUUCUGGCCCAUCUCUGGGUGACAUCUGUUCUCAAGUUUCCCUCGAGUCAGCUCUCCUGUCCACAUGACUGGAAAGUUGUCUGUCUUGAUUGAUUUCCACUUUUGGCUUGUCAGCUGGAACAAACUUCAGUCUCUAUUACAGGAGUAAUAGAUGUGGCUUAUGGACUAUAGUUGCUCAAAGCUAUGAAUUUUAUUCGCUUAAACUGCAGGCAUUUUUUGGACCCUACAGAACAUUCGUGCAUCAUGCUUACUGUGUCCAACCCCAUCCCCUGGAGAGCUCCGUGGGAGGUCUGGCUACAAACCUGAAAGAGCUUGAACAAAGCUGUUUCAUUCACUUUGGGUGCAGUAGCUGUAUUAUUUUAAUGAAAAAGUAUUUGAUGUUUAAAAAAACAGUUGCUGGGUAAAAAGUGUAGCCAAGAGUCCCCUGGAUCCUUCUUUGCAUGCCUAACUCAGCCUAUCUGCUUCUGCAAGCCAUAGACCUACUACAUGGUGACAAAGAAUUCAUCUUAAACUUCUUCACUUCAGCUUAGUCAAGCAAAUCUUAAACAAUGCACAGCACAUCCUGCCUCAAGGAUGGAGUGUCUCUGGCCUUGUUUUUAUAUGCAGAGAAUCUUCCAAAGAAAAGCACAAGUGAAGAAUUCAUCAGCAUAAAAAAAUAUAUAUUUUUUUAACCCUCUUUCCUAUUUUUUUAAUAGUGUUGUGUGUUCUGUGACCUCAUUCUCUCCUACUCUUAUGUGGACCAACCCACAUCAUGUCACCCGUGCCCUGGAUUGCUGUAAUGCCCUCUGCCUGAUACUGCAUGCAAAGAGUCCUCAGAAAGUAGUCUUGAGUGCCAACACAGCAAUUACUGUAGUUGCAGGCUCCCCCUGUAAAGCAUCACUAAUGCCAGUGCUCCACAGACUGCUUUCCAAUUGUUUCUUUGGUACAGCUAAAUGUUGGGGUUUUACUUAAAAAGCUUCUUGGCACUUAGGUCACAAGUCUUAGAGAGUUUGUGUUUGACUUCCAUUAUGCUAGAGCAGCCGAGAUCAAAAUAUUCCUCAGUGAAAGCCCUUUGAUGUGAGGGGGGUCCAGGGUUUGUACAUUCAAGUGGGAGCAUCCAAAAUUUGCCGUCUUCACUGGUUCAAGAGAAAUGGAAAGAUUUGGUCUUCUGAAUUGGCCAUGAAGUCUGUCCUUUCAAACUGCUGAAAGGAGUCUCUACAGAGAGCUGCAUUGAUAGAAGAAACAGUAGGGUAUUCUGACAUUGUGGCAAGUGGUUAAUAUAUUUAAUGGCUUUUGAAUUUUGUGUAUGAGAAAAGAGCUCAUUGUAUGAGUGAAUUUUACAAGUGGAUCUAAGUGCAUAUAAAAUGUCUUUGGAAAUUAGAGGAAGAUUGUAGUUCUGGAUUUGAAAUAUUGGUGAAUGAUAGCUCUUUGUUAAUUGGAAGUUUAGGUCUGAAAAAUGUCCCCUCAGUCUCAUCAGCAGUACGUUUCUUCAGUGUGUUCCUUGGGAUCCCUACCCAAGCCUGUGUUAGCAGUUGUGCUUCACAGGGUGUUGCUCAAAAAAAUCCAAAAUUAAACAUAGAAACUAGUCACGUAGGUUAAGAAAAUAUUUCUCUAGCAUGGGAGACAUGAUCCUAAGAACACUCUGUGGCUAGAAUGAGGUCAGUCCUUGAAAAAAUUCCUGAGGAAUUUAGCCAAAGAGAGUCUGGACCCUGCUGAAAUGUCUGUGCAUAGGGCUUUUUGCUCUGUCUGUGAGUGUGAAGGGGCAGAUCCACUUUCUGCCUUGCAGCCUGGAUAUCACAUUGAAUGGGAUGAGACUAGAGUUGGACGUGGCCAGAUCAAAUUUAAUUUGGUCUUUUCAAUGUUUGUUUACAAAAUCUUGUUAGCUGUGAUAGUGUUUGAUUCUGUACCUGUUUUUUACAUUUUUGUAUCUAAUGACCUAUUUUAAGUUACUGUUUACGGUCUUGAACUUGCAGUUAAAUGCGCAGGCGCAGGGAUGUAUCCACAUCCAGUCGCAGGAUCACGGCUGUAAAAGUUUCUUAAACAGAUACUGGUGGGACCUCCAUGUGACAGGUGCACCUUGGGAUCAAACCUGGCACAAUGCUGAAUUUGUAUAUGUAUUUUAUGGAUGUCACUUAAAGUGCCUGUCUCUUUGGGAUAUUAUUUUGUGAAUAGAAGUCCAAAUAAGAUUUUUAGGAUAGUAACUUAAAGGAUAAAUUAUUGUAUUCAUAUUUUAAAACUGAAGCACUUAAUACCUUUCUAAGGAUCAAUAUUUUGAAUUUAAGAAUACAAUAUUUUCAGUACCUUGACCUGCCAAAUCCUUUUUAAUAUCCAAAUAGCUAUGCAGCCAAAAAAACCCCCAACUCUCCAGCAAUAUUUUGUUUAUAACUUACCUGCUUCCAACGUGACUUUUUUACUUUGCAAAGUCAAUGAAAAUGCUGCCAGUGUUCUGCUAAUUCUCUGUAUCAUUCAAAACAUCUUGUAUUUGAUCAUUUCAGCAAGAUUUUCUGAUCCAAAAUCUGGUCCACUACCAAAGACUUGGAAAACGAGCUUCAGUUUCACUUUAAAAUGUGCUGUGUAAAAGGCCCCAGUUAACAAGCCAAGAAUCCUGAGCUGCUUAGGUUUUAGCAAUUCUUUUUUAUUCUAGAAGCCUCUUCAGAAUAGAUGUUUGGCAUAUAUGUAAAAUAGCUUAAUACUGCAGAAAGGGGCAUUUUUUUUUCACAUAACAGCGUUUCCACUUACAUGUUUUGCUGUAAAAGUCCCUAGAUAUAUUCCAGAACAAUGCAGCAUUUUAUCAUUCAAUAUAUUGCUUCAUGUAGCAGUAGCUAUUUACAAUAUGAUCAGUAUUAAAGUAUUUAUUUCACUAUGAAGUGUUAAAAAAGAAUAAUACAAAACAGGUUGAAUCAAUGGUGCCUUAUGACUUUUUUAGUCAACUUUUCUGUGUCUCAGUAAAAGAAUUAAUAGACGUUACUCUUCCAGGUCCUAAAUGAAUAGUGCCAACAGUAGCAUUUUACAGUGUUUGAGCCAAGCCCUGCUGUUGUGUGCUCAAUCUGCUAACUCCAGGUGGAGCUCAGUGUGUGAAGAGGCCACUGGAUCAGUGUGUAGGUGAGGUGUAUGUGGGCACUGGUUGGCUUCACAAUCAAUUGCUGGUAUUUAGACCUGUCCCAAAACCAGUGUCUGACGCUGCUGUCCACACAGCCCAGCUGACUUCAGUGUGGUUGCAUAGGUUACGGAACUGAAUUUGAUUCGCUGCUUGCUUAUAAGAUUUGCUGGGUUUGUUUCAAUGGCAUUGUAUUAUAAACCCUCACACCUCAACCUAUCUUCUUAUGUUAUCACUGAGGCUCGCACUGCAUGACAAUGGCCACGGAUGUUCGUUUUUGUUUUAUUCAGCUCUAUAAAUAAAAUGAGAAUAACUUUUGUACCAUGUAAAAAUAAUUUCUCCUCUAUAUUUUUGGAAGAAAAGCACAUGUUAUGUUUGUUACGACUUUCUGCACCAGCCAUUGGGAGAAGAGGUCACAAUGAUGAAUGUUCAGAAUUGUUAAAGGAAAUUCAGCUUGUUUCAGGAAGUGUAUAUUUCUGUAAAUGAAAUAAAUAACAUCUCAAAGUUCUUGUUUAAAGGCCGGCAUUUCCCAACACUAAAAGAAUCAUAAGGUUUUGGGUUUUUUCUGCAAGACAGCACUGUGAAAGAAGUUCCUUAUAUUGUCACUUUAAAAACUGGGUGAUAGUUUCUCUUUGCAGCAUCAACUGUUUGCAUGACACUUGUAGAAGUAGAUCUGUCUUGGAGUGGAGGAUGAAGGAGCUAAACUGCUAUCAUUCAUCACAUUGUUGUAACACGACAAUCUUCUGUACAAAAGUAUGGAAAUAGAAAGGGUACUUUUUACCUUGGAGGUAAAGAAUGGAGUUGAGGAUCAAACUGAGAUUAUUUCAGGCAAAAUGUCAAAUGUUGAGAGACCUAGAGAGGGCCCCUUGGCCAUAGGACACCAGAAAAGAGAAGAUUGCUCAAGAAAAUAAAAACCAAUUGGCUGAAUGUUGUUACCAGUACUAAAGUAAAAAUUGUGGUAUAAAAUGUGCAUUUUGUACUUACACAUUGCAGUGGUGUGAACACCUUCGUCUCACAGCUGGGUGCAAAGAACCUGUCACAGCGGUACAUUGACUCCACGUAACACAGACUGUGUGAGCUUUAAUCUUUCAGACAGUACUCACCAGAAAAUGAGAAUCUCUUACCUAAGAUAUCCAGGAGCACUUUAAGUGCAAAUUAAUGGAAUGGUUCUUCAUGUACAUUGGAAGAAAACAGGGAUCUUAUAACCUGUAAGAUGGAUGUGUUUGGACCAUUCAGUUAAAAUCUAAACUGGAGCAUUGGCAAAGAGGGAGUAUUGGAAUAACUCAGGCAGAAGCAGGACAUGUGUGUAUGGUCUCAGUGAGUACACAGCAGGUAGGUAUGCAGAUUAAAAAAGCAAAAAUGGAAACCGCAUGUCUUAAGGGAAUAACCUUUUAUGUAUGUUGCCGUUUUGAAAUACAGUUUGUCUGUGGUAAAUAUUGCUUAGUGUAAACUAAUACAUGCAGAGGAAGACAUUUGUAAAUUUGUAUUUCUAAAGGCACACAAGAGAGAGGGAAACAUAAAACAGGCUGAGCAGAAAGUAACAUUUCUAUCAGAUGCUUAAAGUUUGAGCUUUUUAUAAAAUAUUAAUCUAGUUCUGUGAAUUUUUUUGCUUAACAUUUAUUUUGUAAGUGAUUUUGUUCUCCUUAUUUUUCUGUCCUAUACCAAAUAAAUUUUACUUUUAUUU